AUGGUGAAGAAUGAAUGGAGAAGCUUGGGAGAAGCCCAGUUCACAUGUAAAAUGAGGGCUUUAACAGUACCACUGCGAAAAUGGCACAAGGAUAACUUCAGGUACAUGGAUAAGAAACUCCUGCAGUUUGAGGAGGAGAUCACAAGGUUGGACAAGUUGGUUAGUGAUGGGAUCUAUGAUGGUACAACAGAGGCUAGAAGGAAGGCGCUGAUGUCUCGGUCCAAGCAUGCUGCCAACAUGGAUAAGAAUAUCAGAUACUUUCAUAACAUUGCCUCAGCCAGAAGACGGAAUAACAGGAUAGAUGCCCUGAUGAUACAUGAAAGACUUGUGCGUAAUCAGGCGAGAAUAAAAGGUGUAAUUAGAGCGUUCUACAAGGAUUUAUAUCGGCAGGAAUAUGUUUCGAGGAUUGGGGUUAGGGAUGGUUUGGUGAAGCGUAUCCAGAGAGAGGAGGCUGAAGCACUGGAAGUGAUGCCGUCAGCAGAGGAAAUCUGGGAGGCAGUGUGGGGCUGCGAAUCUUCCAAGGCCCCAGGAAGUGAUGGGUACAACAUGAACUUCAUCAAGAAAUGUUAG